AGGGUAUUUUAGGAAGAACAGCAUGAAAUUGCGUCAUAUAUAUCAGUCGUAUCCAUAAAUGUCAUCACCAACUUUACCUUAUCAUCAACUGAGUAAACGAAUGAUUCUCAAAAGCCCAAACGCCACACUCAUCUUAAUUUGCACUUCCGCUUCCCCUUCCACUUGGAUCGUUGCUUAAGUAACAGGCACCCCCAAUUCACUUGGGCAGUGUGUGGCAGCGGGACUAGGAGGAGCCCCACUGAGUAGUGUACACAGAGCUUAUUGUACGACGGUCAUGGCGUCAGAUGAUAGUAUGACCAUCCGGUCUUGUAUCUCCAUGCAGGAAGACGAGUACGAUGAGGAUACCGAUGAUGGUUUUGAUCAACUGCCCCAUCCCCAUAACUUGUCUAGGCUAUUCAUGUGUCCGUAUCUGGUACCGAUCUUGAGGAUGUUAUGGAUUAUGAUAUUAAUCAUGAUGAUCAUGGUAACUAUUACUACCAUGGCCAAGAUAAAUCCCAAGCAGACACUACCGCCGGCAUGAAUAUGUUCAUGUCACUCUUGUCCAUGGAAAGCUUUGACCGGGACGUACUGGAAGUUGGGCUGUCAUCCGACUCCGACAAGGAACCCAGCUCUUACUCACUUCCGGCAACACCCCCAAGACGAAGGGCUCUAGGUGGAAUGCCCGAUUACAAGCAUCGAAAUCCCAUGCUGCAUAAAGAGUACGCCAGCGAGAAUGAAGCUCAAACAGUCAUGAGCAACAUUUCCAGGAAGAGCAGAAGGAGAACAAGAAGGACGCGAAUCAUAAACGAUCGACACUCAUGGCUAUCGGGAUCACCAGACAGAGGAUACAUAGCUGAGAAGAAAGUUGAUGAUGAUGAUGACACGAAGGCCACCAAGAAUAGGAUGAUGGCGCGGACGGAUAGUAGUCACCUUGGCCAUUGCCAUAGCUUUAGCGGGGAGACUGAGGGUGGGAGUGUGGUAGUGAUAACGAGGCCCAAGGGAGGGAGGAGGUCCCUGUGCAUGGACAUGGAGGAAGUCAAGGCUUGCAGAGAUCUUGGGUUUGAGUUGGAGCACCAGCAUAUGCUGCACGAGAUGCCCCUUAAUCUUUCUCGCGCUGCCUCCACCCUUGACACCAACACUACCUGCAGUAGCGGCGGCAAUUCCCCCAUCGCCAACUGGCGCAUCUCCAGCCCCGGUGACGACCCACGGGAAGUGAAGGCUCGAAUCAAGGUCUGGGCGCAGGCUGUGGCAUUGGCAUCCACAUCACGACAAGGCAUCUGAGCUGACUAAUCCACAAAAAUGAUCGCUUAUUCUCUCAGCAUGUGGUUUUUUAAUUUACCUAUUUCGCUUCCUACACUUAUGUUUGGGUAGACCGUACAAGAAAGAGAUAUCACUGGGGUGGAGGGAAUUCCCGGUAUGUUAUGUAGAAUUUCCAUUUUUGUUUCCACUCAGCACAUUUUUUGUUCUUCUGGGUUUUGGAUAGAUUGCAUUGUUUCGGUUUCCCUAGAAGGCUUGAGGUUUCUGGUUGACGUUCCUCGAUCUUCAUCUGAGUUCACCGUAUUUCAGCGCUACCUCUGCAGCGCAGCUUCUCCACAUUGUAAAUAUAGUAAUAUAUUGUAACUGAUCAUUCUUUUUCGUGAUGACAGUUUACAAACAUACUUGAUUAUGUUCAUUGUGUGUAAAGAUUUUCAAGAUUCAGUUUCAUGUAUCCAUUUUGUGAGGCGUUUCCCAUUGGAUAUUGGCAAUGGGGAUAUUGAUAUUGUAUUAGUUAUGAAACAUAUAUACAAAAGUCCAUGUUCCUACAUA